AUGGCGAGAUUGUCAUGGGCGCUACUCCUCGGGGCUGUCCUCCUCAGGAGUGGCAAUGCUCAGGGAAUCGAGCGAACGUACAUCGUUCAGAUGGACUCCACAUCUGCAACUGGACAGUCCUCGGUUGCUCGCCGCUCCGCUCACGAGUCUUCGCUGCGUGCAGUCACACCCCGUGACACCAUGCUCUAUUCAUACAGUUCGGCCAUGAACGGAUACGCUGCAAGGCUCACCGAAACGCAGGCUCGCGAUCUGAUGGCUCAGCCGGGCAUCAAGUCCGUCAGCCGUCAGAAGAUUUAUCAACUUCACACUACACACUCGCCUGAAUUCCUUGGCCUGGACAGCGCAGAGCUCCUGGGUCAACAGACACCAGUAUUCUCGGGCACAGAUGAUCCCACCAAUACUACCGCUGGUGCCGACAGCGAGUCUGAUUUAGUCAUUGGCGUUUUCGACACAGGCGUUUGGCCCGAGAGCGCCAGCUAUGACGACACCGGGCUUCCCCCAAUUCCAAGUCGUUGGAAGGGAUCGUGCGUGGAAGGGGAGCAGUUCACGGCGGCGAAUUGCAAUAAGAAGCUGAUUGGCGCAAAGUGGUUCAGUAAGGGUCUCGAGGCUGGGUGGAUUUCCGAAAACAACGGAACGGCGUACAACUUCACAGGGGCGUACCUAUCUGCGCGAGACCCGGAUGGCCACGGAACACACACGUCUUCCACGGCGGCUGGUGCCGUCGUCCAGAAUGCGAGCCUCUUCGGGCAAGCCUCUGGUACAGCCCGUGGCAUGGCAUCCAAGGCUCGUGUGGCCAUGUACAAGGUCUGCUGGCCUAAUGCAGGUUGCGCCGAGGCAGACAUUCUCGCAGCCAUGGAUGAAGCCAUCAAGGACGGCAUCAAUGUGGCUUCUCUGUCCCUUGGAGGAGAGCCGAAUCUCGGUGCAGACCCUGUUUAUGUUGGUGCAUUCUCUGCCAUGGCUCAAGGGAUUUUCGUCUCCAUGUCUGGAGGAAAUUCAGGUCCCAGUGCUGGGACAGUGUCCAACAACGUCCCGUGGGUCCUAACUGUCGGUGCGAGCACGCAAGACCGUGGGUUUCCCGCCACUGCUGUGCUUGGAAACGGGCAAAACUUUACUGGAAAGUCACUCUCGGUCAAUGAAGAUGGCUCUUUGCCCGGAUUUCAGGAACUACCUCUCAUUCUGGCCAGCGAGGCGGCCAAUGGAAAUGUCACCAACGGCACCGAUGCAUCUUUGUGCCUGGCUGGUACUCUGUCCCCGACAAAGGUUGCAGGCAAAAUUGUUGUCUGCAUCAGGGGCGGUAACGCGAGGGUUGCCAAGGGACAAGUCGUCAAGGAAGCCGGAGGCGCGGGGAUGAUACUGGUUAACACGGAGGCGACAGGUGAGGAUGUGCUGGCAGAUGCCCAUGUCCUCCCUGCCGUUCAACUCGGAGCUUCAAACAUGGCCGCAGUAGUCGAAUAUGCCAAGUCUACGGAUGCGACGGCCGGGUUGGAUAUUAAGGGCACUGUGAUGGGCAUCGAGGCUCCAUUGAUGGCAGCUUUCAGCUCGAGAGGCCCCAACUACCCUGCCCCAGACUUGCUGAAGCCAGAUAUCACCGGACCGGGAGUUGAGAUAUUGGCCGCGUGGCCCGACAAUCUGGGCACCACAGGCCUUCCUGAGGACACGCGCCGAGUCAAGUUCAACAUCAUCUCGGGCACUUCCAUGUCUUGUCCUCACUUGAGCGGCAUUGCUGCUUUCAUCAUGGCCAGGCGUCCUGAAUGGAGCGCUGCUGCGAUUCGCUCAGCUCUGAUGACCACCGCCUACACGUCGACGAAGGGCAGCGACUCGAUGUUUCGAGACGAAGCUACUCAGGAAUCUGCAACGCCAUUUGAUUACGGCAACGGCCACGUGAAUGUGGCUGCCGCUCUCGACCCGGGUUUGAUAUACGACAUCAAGACUGACGACUACUUCGACUUCCUCUGCGCGUUGAACUCCACAACUGAGUACGUCCAGGGAGUGAGCGGUACGAACAGCACCUGUUCCGCCGAUAAGACAUACAGCGCUUACAACCUCAAUUACCCAUCCUUUGCGGUCGGCUACGAUACCAAAACUGAGACCGGGCCCAAGACGGUCAACUUCACGCGAACAGUCACCAACAUCGGCGAGGCCAGCACCUACCACGUCAACGUGUCUCUCAGCAACCCAGACUUGGUCCAGGUUUCAGUUGACCCUGAGGAGCUGACCUUCACCGAGGCGAAGGAGCAGAAGACUUUCACUGUUUCUGUGACGCUGGCGAGCGCCGGUGCGGAGGCUGUUUCAGGGAAGAGUUCGUGGGGGAGGCUGGUCUGGUCGGAUGGGUCGCAUACUGUUGGAAGCUCCUUGGGCUUUGUGUGGGGUGAUUUGGCUGCCCGUUCCUUGAAUGCAUCCACCUCAUCGACCAGUAAGAGCAGCUUCUAG